AUGCCGAUCGCAGAAGAAGGCUCGUACGCCAGCCUCUAUGCUCGCCAGAGCGGUUGUGUGUCAUGUCAAGAAGGCACGCCGUCAUGCCCUACAUGUGACGACGGCCAGGAGUGCCAGAUUUCCGUCCCCCUCGAUUGCACACAAUGUCCAUCGGCCUACUGCGCCGUCUCUUCAUCCGCCGCCACUUCCACAAGUUCGUCAAGUUCCAGUCCAAAAGCUAGCGGAGGAGCCAUCGCCGGUGCCGUGAUAGGAGGUCUCGCACUGAUCGCUCUGGUCGGAGUCGGCACAUAUUUUGCAUGGAAGCACUGCGUAAAGAACAAGAGGGGAUCGUUUGAGCAAGGGCAGUGGGAGGACGAUGGGGAAUACGCUGGGCAGCGCGAGAAGGACUUCAACGCCAUGCGUGACGGCAGGGCGUCGACACAAGCCCGCAACUCAAUCGCCUCGACCGUCCUGACCCGCGCCUCCAACAUCAUCCAAAUCGCUUACAUCCCCGGCGUCACGAACCGUGCGACACCAACGUCACCCACACUGCUUGUACCGCCCGUACCCCCUAUCCCCAUCGCCGUCUCCUCCCAGGCCGGCACGCCCAACUCGACUGAGGACCAGCACUUCUUCGUCCCAGGCGACCUGCGCGACUCGAUGGCCUCUGGCAUGACCGGCUACACGGACCGCACCUCUUUUGCCCGCACAUCUUACGCCCCCCGCUCUAGCGUCGCCUCUACUAUUUACGGCAAGGCUGGCGUGGUCGUCACGCCCGCGCAGACGGGCAUGCGCGCCAAGGCCGCCAUGGUGAGCGUCAAGUCGACCGGCAGCGGCGCAUCGUCGGACGGCUCGGUGCCACCAGUGCCCGCCGUAGACAGGAGCCGGUUCAACGGGCCUGAGCCCGCCAGUCCAUCGGGCAGCACUUUCAGCAUCGGGUCGACGUUUAUGAACAAUGCCAAGAGCGCGACCGCCGUCCGGGCCCAGGUCGUCCGUGUCGGCAGCAAUCUGAAGCAGUCGUCCACGCCGUCCAGCAUCAAGACAGGGGCGGCGGCGGCGAGCGCUGACAACACCGACGACGAGCAUGACGACGCUGUCACCGCCCGCUCAGGCUUGUCAACACCCAGCACGCUACCGCCACCGCGGGACGAGCAGCAAAGCCCAUUCCGCGACCCCAGCCCACCGGCCGACGCCGAGCGCCAGCGAGCCCCGGGCCUGAGCACCGUCGUCGAGGAUGCGGCAAGAAGGGCGUCGCAGGGCCCUGCACGGGGUGUCAGCCCGUUUAGUGACGCCCACGCCACACAAGAAAGCAGAUGA